CCCAUCUUCUCUCUCCCAUCACCCUCAUCCUGUUUUGAUGUCCCCGAUCUUUCUUCUGUGUACCUUGCUGUUCACAGUCGCCCGCGUUUCUCCCGACGCCCUUCCCAUCUAUUUACCGUGGGAUUGAGAAAGUUGGGGGACGAAAGGAGGCAUUCCUCCGGCCACUCGUUUUGCUGUCAUUUUUCUCCAUUUUCACUUCUCGAGAUCUCUUGACUUUCGGAUCUUCCUGUGAUCCAUACGGACCGAAUUUGGUUUGAUCGUGUGCUCACCACCUUUUUUUCCCGUUCAAGACGAAGUUCUCUUCUGAUCACACCCCCGACACGAUUUCUCCGCUAUCUCCCUAACGGCCCCGUGCUGUCGCUUGGGCCUGACAGCUGACCUCUACAAUUAUUCGUGUGGUCUCACGACAAUCGCACUCAUGAGCUUCAUCCAACGCAUCACGAAAAGGCUGCCUAGUGCGCCGAGUCUGCCGUUGGAAGAUGCUCCAAACGAGAAAGGCCGCCUCCAUCCUAGAUUCGCCUUUUUCCGACGGAGGAUUCGCCUAAAGGGCAACUCAUCUAUUUCUAUACCCCUGGGUCUUGUUUUACUAUUUCCAUGUCUUGUAAUUGUGCUUAUUCUGCUCCUCUUUGUCCGACACCCUGCCUCCCCGGGGGGCAUCCUAAUUCCAGCGGGAACUCCGCCUUCUAUCCGAAAAAUCAGCGAAAAACAUGAUAAAGUCUUCGCUACGGGCUGUAUGCCUAUUGAGCCCGAACAAAUCGCAAAGGCCCCCCGCGCCAAUGCCGCCUUCGUCGUCCUUGCUAGAAAUAAGGAGUUGGAUGGUGUAAUCCAGUCACUCAAGUCGAUUGAGAGACACUUCAACCGGUGGUGGCACUACCCCUAUGUUUUCCUCAACGAUGGCGACUUCGACGAGGACUUCAAGGCAACGGUCAAGAACUACACCAGCGCAGAGGUUGAAUUCGGCAAGAUUGACAACAGCAUGUGGGGAUUCCCUGAUUGGGUUGACCAUGAGGUUGCCAAAGAGGGCAUCAAGAAGCAGGGUGAUGCCGCCAUCAUGUACGGUGGAAUGGAGAGCUACCACCACAUGUGCCGAUUCUACUCAGGACACUUCUACAAGCACCCUCUGCUGAUGAAGUACGAGUGGUACUGGCGUUUGGAGCCCGAGAUCAAGUACUUCUGCGACAUCACCUAUGAUCCAUUCCUCAAGAUGGCUGAGGCAAACAAGACCUAUGGUUUCACAAUUGCAGUGAAAGAGCUUCGCGAGACUGUCCCCAACAUCUUCCGGUAUGCGGCUGCUUACAAGCGCAAGAACAACCUCAAGUCCAAGGGCCUGUGGGAGAUGUUCUUAGAGCAGCCAGAGCAACCAGAACCCCCCGUGGAGAACAAGCAGGACAAACUGCCAGAUGAAAUCCUGCAGACCGACCCCGGUGACCACAAUCUGAAGGACGUGGACCCAGAGGCCAUGGAAGGCGAGAGCUACAACAUGUGCCAUUUCUGGAGCAACUUCGAGAUUGCUCGUCUGGAUUGGUUCCGCAGCAAGGAGUAUGAGGACUUCUUCACUAUGAUGGACAGAAGUGGAGGAUUUUGGAAUGAGCGGUGGGGCGAUGCUCCUAUUCACUCUCUGGCCGCCGGUGCUCUCCUCGCGCCUAGUGAUAUUCAUUACUUCCGUGACUUUGGCUACCGCCACACUACCAUUCAGCAUUGCCCAGCCAACGCUCCGGCCCGCCAACUCACCCGUAUCCCUUACCUCGAGAAGACUACCGAUGACGAGAAGAAACGGAUCGAGGAAGACGAGUACUGGGCGAACCCUGAUCAAGUCAAGGAGAACGGUGUCGGUUGCCGAUGCCGCUGCGACACUGACAUUGUCGAUGUCGAGGGCAAGCAAGGCAGCUGUCUUAACGAAUGGGUAGAUGUGGCUGGUGGCUGGGCCUCGCCAUAGAUAUCAACGCUGAUGCCCUAGUGCUUAGUGCUUGCCACAUCUUCCUGCGUCUCCUUUCCCCCUGUUUAUUUAUUCGGCUGUGUGAAUCUCUUGGGUCCGCCCUUGGGAGUUUCCAGCUGGAGCCUGCAUGUUAUGUUGGUCAUAGGGUUUCCUUUCUGGGCGGCGUUCAACGGAUCUGAACUUUUUUUAAUCGGAAGAUGAUGUCACCAUUUCCAUCAUCACUGUUGACACAUUCAUCAAGCAUGCUGUGCCACUGGGACUGGCUGUUGUGAUUCAUCUCUUGGUUGCAUUUGGAAGAAAACGUGUGCGUCGUCGGCAGUGGAACAUUGGUACCGUACCUUGCGGCAUUCCGGGGCCAUCUCGAAUGGUCUCGGACAACCCUUAUAUCCAAUGUUUUUUCGAGUUUCCUUUGAACUAGAUUGCAUCGCUAUAUCCUCUGUUCUACCAGGAGCACAGCAUCACCUCGAUGGUAGGAGACAGUUGAUUCGGGGGGAGCAACGCCCAAAGCAACUCCCGCCGUCUACCUUGACGUCUCUUCGCCUCUUUUUUUUUCGCCUUCCCAUCGGCCACUUCUCCCCCAGCUGCUUUCCCCCUUCCCAUCCCCGUGUGCGCAGUUUUUGUGGUUGUCUUCCAGCAUGCAUUCAUGAAAUGUACAUACCUUUCCUCUCUCCCCACCCAUCCUUGAAUCCGUGGCAUACAUCUACGGGUUGUUUUCUCGCAUUGCCCGCCCUUGACCCUCGCAAAUACCAGAUUGAGCAUGGUUGUCUAUAGAGUAUGGAAUAAUCACCAGGUCAAUUACGUGAAGAAUGAUAUCAGUAUAAUGCACUUUAUUUCUUCAGAU